UAAUGGCUAAACAGCUGAUUAUGGCAGAAGUGGAAAGCGUGAUUUGCUUCUGAAAGUGAUGCAUAGUUUUUUAGUAAAACAUGCGGUUUUUCCUUUUUCAGUUGCUGUUAUUUUAUGCAUAUAGGCUACAUAAGUGUUAAUUAUAUUCCAGUUUCAGUUCUAAAUUGAGUUAAGGCAUUCAGAGAAAUGAGUGCCAAGGAGAAGGAAAACAAAACUUUUCACGAGAAAGUCAAGCAGUUUUUCAGAAUAAUAAACAAAGGUGGUGCAGGUAACAUCAAAGGCAAAGUGGAUUUUGCCUUGACUCAAGAUAUUGAAAAAGACCUGAGUCCUGAAACUCCACUGAAUCAACGUGCAAAGGUUAUAAAGGAGCUAAGUGAAGCUGUUCUUAAGAACCGUCUUGAGGAUAAUUCAAUAGAAAAGUUAUGGGCAUGUCUUCAAGAUUUGUUACAACGUGAAGUUCCGAAAGAACACCGCCAUCUUGCUUUUUACUUCUUCCGCUGUCUUGUGCAGGGACAGUAUGACAAACUAGGGCUUAUGAGAGUUCACUUCUUCAGAGUCAUUAAAACACAUGAUGUUGCAGAAGAUGUAGCUCCAAGGUUUGAGCUGUUGCAGAGUCUGACAGAUAAUGGCAAAGACAUUCUGUACUUUGAGGAAGAGGUGGGCCCUUUCCUACUUCAGUGGAUGCCUGCAGUAACUGGUGUUCCUCGCACAAAGGAAUUUCUCUCCAUGAUUGUCAAUGUCAUCAAGUUCAAUGCAGCUUAUGUUGAUGAGGACGUUAUUUCAGGUCUUGUUCAGAAUACUUGUUUCCUGUGCUGUUGGAGUAACUCUGAGCAAGUGGUGCUGACGUGCCUCCAGGUGCUGGACACAGUCGUGUGCUACAGUACCUUACCAUCUGACUCUCUCCACACAUUUAUCAGUGCCCUUUGUCGAACUGUUAAUGUCGAAGCUUAUUGUCAGAGCAGCUGGAAGGUGAUGCGUAAGUUACUGUGUACUCAUAUGGGUCACUCUGCGUUGUAUACAAUGUGUCGCAUACUUCAAGACCCGGAAAAUGCAAAAGAUGUACGCUUGUUACGUGGAGCAGUGUUUCAUGUUAACAUGGGUCUUUGGGGUACAAAGAGGGUCACAACACUAAAGUGUACUCCUACAUCAGUCCUGCCAUCAUUUCUUUCUGCAUUGGAAAAUAACCAUUCAGUUGUUACAUAUGAAGUGAUGUUGAGUAUUCAGCGGCUGGUCAACAAGUAUGGCCUGGAACUCCAGGAUCCAGCCUGUGAUCUGGUACUCUCCAUUAUAGAGGCUGUCAUGAAAUACAUAGGAACAAAUUCGCGUACAAACCAUAUGUCAUUAAUAGAAAGUCACCUUCAUGAUACACUCUGCACCAUUGAACGGCAGAUCGAGCUGGGUCAGUUCAAUGGCUCAGUCCAUAGGGUUUUCGAGCUGAUUGAGAGGUGUUCUUCAGCACGACCAGAGUCGUCAGUUUUGCGUUUGGUGAACUUCCUGGCAGCUUCCAUCAUUUCAACACGUUCACUGUGGCUCAGCAAACUCGAUUCAUUGCUGGAAAAAUACUUCAAUAAGGAGACUAGGACCAGCAUCAGAGUUAGAGUUCUUGAUAUCCUUUCAGAUGUAAUUCAGGCCAACAGAGCCAUAUAUGAAGAUGAUUUGAUAGAAAGGAUCGUAGUGCCACAUCUACAGCACAUUGAUACUGACCCAGACAUAAUCGUGAGGAAUGCGGCAUCUCAGUUGCUGAUUGACCUGUGUGUAGAAUGUGAGAACAAACGAUGCCUUGAGCUCAUGGACAUCCUGGAAAAGGUUUUAAAUAGACCUUACGAGCAAUACACAGUGGAUGCUGUAACAAUUGUGAAUGAGGUAGAAGUUAUGGAUGUGAAGACUGUUGUGACAGGAUUGAUUAAGAUCUUCAAAGAGAAAUUGUACCAGCUUCCAUCUUCCCAUGCCAUAAAAGCAUACCACUUGUUAGUGAAUCAUCUAGACUCUCAUUACCAGAAACCUGUUGUAUUUGAAAAUACUAGCAGUAUCAGAUACAUAAUAUUUGAAUGCCUACUGCAGAUUCGAGCCAACUCACUGUACCAUCUGGGCCUUCCAAGGCCUAGUUCACCAUUUUUACGUUUCAGUCCAUAUCUUGCAGUGGACCAUAAAGAUGGGGAGCGAACAGGGGGCACUGUAUCUCCACCUCCAAUGAGCCCAGCUCCAUCUUCAUAUCCAGCAUGUGUAGUAACUCACAUCUCUCUCACCCAUGCAUGUAGAGCUGUCAUCACGUGUCUGAAACAGGAGAAAGACUGGGAGGUUCUACAUCUGAUACUGCAGGAGGUGCCUCAAGUGAUGCAGAACAAGGCUCUAAUACUAUCUCGACACGGCAAUGAUAUAGACUAUCUUGCAUCUGCACUUUGUUCUAUGGUUAGUGAUAAGUCCUUGGGACUGCCAGACACGCUCUGUAAUACUCCACCAAAGCUGACACGCUCAGAGUUCCACGGCUAUGUUUUUCCUGUUUUGGCUUCCCUGGCAUCUUACCAUGCAUACCUAGAACCCAACAUUCAGCAACGACUAAUUAAGUGCCUGGAGUUUGGUCUUAUGUCACGAUGCGCUCGACAGUGUGUGAUGGCUCUCACCACAUGCACACUUGAGAUGAGAGAUGCCAUGUACAAACUGCUUCCUGAAGUUCUGCUCAACCUUUCCAAAAUCUCUGCGACUGUCCAUAUAGCAAUUCCUAUCCUGGAAUUCUUGUCAACUCUUACCAGGUUACCAAAGGUGUUUGCCAGCUUUGUGGGGGACCAGUACAUGUCUGUGUUUGCAAUAUCUCUCCCAUACACAAAUCCAUUUAAGUACAAUCACUACACUGUGUCAUUGGCUCACCAUGUCAUAGCAGUUUGGUUCCUCAAAUGUCGAUUGCCAUUCCGCAGAGAUUUUGUGAAGUUCAUUACAACUGGUUUGAAAGCUAAUGUCCUUGUACCAUUUGAAGAGGGCCAGGUUAUGAAGACAGAUCUGGUAAAUGAAGAUUCGUCAGAUCGAAAACGUAGUUCAAGCUUGACAGAGCAAGGCAGCCGCCGGAGUGUACGAAUAAUGGGAGGGGGAGGUCGCAUUGAUACCCGUGGGGCUGUGGAUCUGAAACCCCCAAUUGAUGAAGCAUUGAUGACAUUCCAUGUGGAGCUUACAGAAACAUGCAUUGACCUCAUGGCACGUUACACAUUUUCUACGUGUUCAGCAGUACCAAAAAGGCUUCCCACAGCUGACUUCCUAUUGAGUGGUGGUCAGUCUAUGACCUGGCUGCUAGGCAACAAGCUUAUCACAGUCACAACAAGUGGUUGCAGCAUGAAAGCUCUCAAGAAUGGGCUGUGUGACAAGUGCAGGAUGUUGUGUAGAGCAGACAAAGAGGUAACACCAGGCAGUAGCAUUGAUCAGGAUUCCCACGGUUCUCGACGCCGCCACAAAUCUGCAGUGCAGCGCAGUGUGAGCACUGAUGUGACACCAUUGACCAUAAACACAAGCAAGGAUGAUCUGAACAUGCCUACAACUCGCCUGAGUCAGCAGUUUUCAGCAGAGCCACCUUCCCUGUUGGCACAGAAUUCUUUGCAAACUGUAUCUAGUCUAGUUGCUGCAAGCUGCUCUACGACAGCAACAAAUUCCCCAGUUGAUGAUGGAAAAAAGGCUUUUGGACUGCAGGAGAUUCACGAACCAGAACCUUAUAAGCUGGAUCAACUUUUGUUUGUUCCUUUGUUUGCAGGUUCAAAAGAGCCUGUACAUAAUGAGAAGCAGUUCUGUGCUUGCUGGUGCCAAGGCUGGGCAGAGAUUUAUGUACGAAGACCAACAGGUGACAUGUCAUGGGUGAUGCGCAUUCAGAACCAGGCUCACUACCAGACAUCCCCUCUGGACUUCCCUCUAACUGACAUUACAACUCUGUUCUUGCCAUCUCUGUCAAGCAGGAAGGAGCAGCAGUUUAAGGAUUUUGUGUCUGGACGCUCAAAGAUUAACAAUGAGAACCUGGCAGAAAGUGAAUAUGAUGCUAUUCUAGAUCAUCAUUUUGAAGAGAACUUGCACAUAUCACCUAGUCUGCGUACAGUGAUUUCUGAUACAGCACCAGUACUGAUCCCAGGAUCUCCAGUGAAGCGAAGUAGUCCAUCACAACAGAGUUCUCAUGAGAAUAUGGAAGUUGUAGAUAAAGUUCUUGAUGAUGAAGGACCAGAUUCUGAAGAUUCUACAGGCAAGCUGCGUAAUCCUGUACGAAGGUCAAACUCCAGUCCAGAGAUGAGUGCAAGCUGGAAGAAUCCAUUCCUGAACCGUGACAAAGAAAAGAAAGAAGUGAAGCAAGAGAGAGAUGGACAGACUGAUAUGGAAGGGAAGACGGAUGGGCUGUCAGAGAAUAAGAAACCCACAAAACAGACUUACUCGAAGGACCCCAGGGUUAGUUGUGAAGCAAUCCCAGAGGAAAUAUCUGGUUUGGGAACUACACCGCCAGCUGGUGACUCAGAAGACAAUAUUGACAUAGGAACAUCACCCCAUCCCCAGCUGUUGUCAUGUCACUCAUAUCCUGGAACUGGAGCCAUGCAGUCUCCCACACACCAACCUGCUGCCAAUAGGACUGUUCCACAGUCACCAACUGGUAUGGUAUCCCCAGUAUCGAGUUCAUGUAGUUUUCUUAGAACAACCAAUGCUUCUGUUCAGUCGCUAGCUAAUUCUACAGCUGUUAGCACUGUUGCUAGUGCUGCCUCUACUAUCACCCAGCAAACCAUUGUAACAUCUCGUCCACCACAAUCUCCUGCUCUUCAGACACGAAGUGUCAUAACAUCAGAAACUGGAAAAUCCCAAGAUGCCAAAUCGCCAGCUGAACCUCCUCGAACUGCUUCAAGAGAACAGAAGUCACCCCUAGGAAAUGAACAGUGUAACAAGGGAUUGUCCCGACAACAGUUAAUUUCUCAAUCUGUUGGUCAGUCUUCUGUAACAGGAACAGAAAAGGUAGGUUCAGAGAAGGAGGAUACGCAGCGCCCAGAUCCUUCUGCUCUGCCACCGUUAACCUUUAAGAGAGACCGUGGCCACACAAUAUCAGUGAUGUCUCCAGUACGGAAACCACGAAUUGACUGGAAUCCUGUUCGUAAAGAGAAUUCACCUCGAGGCAAGGAUGCUCCUCGCUCUGGCAUCAAUCCUAGUUUUGUGUUUCUUCAGCUUUAUCAUACAGCACACUUUGGCAGUACUUCAGAGAAGCCUUUGCUCGUGCCUCAAAGCCGGGCAAUUCAGCGUGCAGUUAAGAACUUGGAUAGAAUUCCACCGUACGAGACUCAUAAGGUUGGAGUCAUAUAUGUGGGACCGGGACAGGCAAGCAAUGAGGCAGAAAUUCUCGGUAAUCAGUUUGGGUCCUUGCGGUAUGCGGAAUUUCUGCAGAGGUUGGGAACCCUCAUCGAACUGAAGGAUGCAGACCCUCAGAAUAUCUUUCUGGGAGGUCUGGACAGUAAUGGAAAUGAUGGAAAGUUUGCUUACAUUUGGCAAGAUGAUGUCAUGCAGGUGACCUUCCAUGUGGCAACGCUGAUGCCAACCAAAGAUACUGAUCCUUUAUGUAAUGGUAAGAAGUUACACAUUGGCAAUGAUUAUGUUAUAAUUGUCUACAAUGAAAGUGGCGAGGAAUAUAAUAUACAAACUGUGAAGUGCCAAUUUAACUAUGCUUGUGUGGUAAUUCAGCCACUGGACCAUAGUACAAACCAGGUAACGGUGAAGACACGAGAAGAUCUAACAGAACACAUUGGUCACAGUGAACCCAAGAUUGUGUCAGACCAGAAUCUGGCGAUUUUAGCUAGGCAGCUAGCCUUACAUGCAAAUUUGGCUUCUAUGAUAUCAUGCAGCUUGAAAGCUCAGGGACAGGAUCCAUAUGCAUCCAAUUGGCUGGAACGCCUACGACAGAUCAAACGGCUGCGUACCAAAGUGUUGCAAGAGACAGCAGCAACAGCCACAAGUGAUAGCAGCUCAACAGAUAGUGAACUUCUGACAUCUCCACGUUCAGCACGGAGGGUCCAUAUGGAUGAUUUCACAGAGUACACAUAAGCAUUAAUAUGGAUAAGCUAUGUCAGUUUAUGAAGAGAUGUACUUUAAAAUGAUGUACAGUUGGUACUCAGAUAUGAAUGUAUGUAUGUAUAUAUGACUUUUUUAGUAAACUUCAUUAACAAAGGUAAUUCCAUUAACAAACGAACUGCAGAGUAUAUCUGUGUGGUGGACAUAUUUUAAUCAAGAAGAAGCGAGAAAGAGCGAUUAUCUUGUAGUGUCUUUGUUUAUUUUGAUAAUGGACAGAGAUGAGUUGCGCAGACUGUUGUUGAUCAAAACAUUGCAGAGUUUCAUUAUUUCUGGUAUUGUUUUUUUCUUCUGUUGGAUGUUCUUAUCCAGGUAGAACUAUUCUUAUAUUUGGCUGGAUAUAUGGUUUUUUUUAAUUAAUAAUUGUUUCUUAAGUGAAUGAUUGAAUGUGUAACUUCUGAUCUAUAGGGAAAUUGAAAUUGUGAAUGAGUGGGAACACCUAUGGGGUGUAUGACCAUUGAUUAACAUCAUGUCUGUGUCUGUAAAAACAAAAGUUUUGCAGAGUUGCAAAAGUUGCAAAAUCUUGCUACUUCAGGAUGCCAUUGUUGUUAACACAUAUGAAUCUGUUUUUUCAAGUAUAAAAGUAUAUAGUAGGCCAUGAAUGAGAAAAAAUUAUUUUGUUUCAUUGCUUUGUUUCCAUUCUGUGAAUGCUGAUAAUAUUUAGAUGUGAGUAUGAGGGGUUUGUGUUUAUUGCGGAAUGUGAAUUAGUUUGAGGAUGUCCAUGUAGACAAGCCCAAUAAAAUUGUGUCCAAGAGCUGUCUGAUUCUGAAACCAAGAAGAUAGCCCAAUGAACCUUUAAUAAUAUAAUUAUUGUGAUGGCAGUAUACAAGAUUAAAGCUGCUUGAAUUCAUAGUCUUUAUGAAGAUCGUAUAUGACCAAACUCUAUUGGUAUAUGCCUCUAUUAAUUUCAAACAUGUUCAGUAAAAAAAUUACAGCUGUGGUGUAUGUAGUGGUAUUGUUAGCUCUGUUAUACUAUGAAAAUAAAAAUAUUAGAUGUGACUCAAAUAACAAUGAGAAAUGUCUUUCUUCAUCUUUACAGUCUAUAGGAUGUACACUUAGGUAAGUUUUAACCUGUGCAUCAGAGCUGCUAAAACCUUUUCACUGAUCAGGCAGAUAUUUAUUGGGUAUAAAUUUUUCUUUGUAUGUAGAAUCAAUUACACUGUCUCUAGGUGUUUCUAUACUCACUAAGGCACUACUUGUAAGUUUUUCUGAAAUAGCAACAGUGUUGUUGCCUAUAUAUGUAUGAGGUAAAUCACCAGUUAUUAUAACUAACCUCUAAACCGUGUAUUCUGCCAUUAAAACUAUUCAAGUCUAA